CCUACUCCACUAUUCUGCCAACACUGUUUUUCUAUCACUUUCUCUUCAGUCCCUCUCUAUAAAAUUCCAGUACUCAUCCUCCAACCCCACUUUGGCCCUUUCUAUAGAGAUCAAAACAACAAACAUCAUGGUAGGACAGUUGACAACAACCAAACCAAGUCGAAGCGACGAGGUCUUAGAUGCCAAUGAACAAAUCAGAAUCACAAAUCAAAUCAAAGCUCAAUUCGAAUCUUUAACACCUAAACGACCCAUCAAACCCAACAGAAGCGAACCCGAAACACAACACCCCCUCAACUCCUCCACUCUCUCUUCACACAACAUACCAGAGCUUGAAAAACUUCAAUCUCUUCAAUCUAACUCUCAAGCUUUUCAUCCCUCGCAGGGAGUAGUUGAUGCAGAAAAUGAAUUUGUGGAAACUCAGUAUUACAAGGAGUUGUUGUCUAUUGACAAACAGCAUCAUGCGACAGGAAGUGGGUUUAUAAAAGCGGUUAGAGAAGGAGGUGAAAGUGGAUAUGAGAUUCAGUUACCUGUAAGCCAAGUUGAUGUUGGUGAAAUACAAGUUAGAGGCUAUAAAAGUAACCCUGCCACAAAUGACUGGGUUCCCAACCUUGAUCAACUUCAUCAUCAGGAUUUCAUCUCGUCGAAGCCGAACAGGAGCGAGAGCUCCUAGAUCUGUCUAGCUCUGUUUGAUGUUUGAUGUUUGGUGUUUGUUUGUUGGAGAUGGUCACAGUUGUAAUUUGGUGGGUGGGACUACAAUUUUUGUUGUAGGACAUACUCUAUUUUAUUAAUAUUACUAUAAUAAUAAUAAUAUGAAGGAGUUUUGUAUAA